CCCUCCCCCCGUAUCAGAGGAGUAGAAACAACAAGCCGCCAUUUUGUUUGUGCGGACAGACCGUCAGAAACAGGAGGAGAUAACCGAGAGAAGGAGCGACUCCGGCAACCGACGGCGGCCACUCCGGGAACCACCGGGAGGAAGAAAGAGUGGCGAAAUCCUGUCGGUGUUACCGAGAGAGAGAAGCAUCUCCGAAAAGAUAAGACGUCAGUGGAGGGAAAACCGAGUCGGUGAUAUAUAUGUAUGCAUGAGAAGGAAACACUCCGAAAAAUCCAAGGAAGGGGGUGUUUUGCGGAGCGGAGACAGAGAGGAGAGGCGGAAGAGGGCUAUAUAUUAUCAUAGCGAGGAAAAACCUGCGAAAAGGGGACAAACAUCAACAUGAAAAAUCAUUAUGUGUCCGCGGCGGAGGAAGGAAAGAGUCCGCAUAGACAAUUAUAUAAAUAAAUUGCUGCCGGGCAGAAGGGAGAGGUGGAAAGAAAGACGGGUUUAAAGAGAAGGGGAAAAUUGCCAGGAUCAACACGAAGGGGGGCAUUCUCCAUCACAAAGAGUCAAUGAGAGGAUUUUGUCAGCCCAAAAUAUUUUAGGGGAGGGGGUGUCAACAUUAGUGUGCCGAGCUGAAGCUUUCCGCUUCCGAAAUAGCAAUAAUUUGUGAGCGACCCACCGUCAUUUUUUUUUAUCACAUUUCUCGCCUGUCGCCGUAGCUGUGCUCCGGAUUUUGUGCUUAACAUCUUUUUCCUCUUGGCCACUUGGACAUGCUGUAAGAUUGACAGGUAUCAUUUCUGGGAAUAUCUAUCAUUCUUUUGCAUUAUCUUGAGAUUUCAAGAGCUUGAAAACCUGGAGGAGGAAGCAAGAUAAGUAACCCCACACACUGUCCUCUGCAAAAAUCAAACUAAUUGGAUCAAUCUGACUGCCCGCUGAUUGGCAAUUAGAGCCGUGAUUGCCCUCAAGAACUGUACUGUCAAAGAAAUUGCACAAGGAGAGGGGAUUUCUUUUUGGAGGAGAUUUUCUAUUUUCAACCCUGAUUGCUGUCUGCAAUAGGCAUAAUCGUGCAAAAGGGGGUUGCAACAACCAAAUGUGCAAUACGACUCUUGCUCCUUUCUGACCCAGUGCCUUGCAUGGUCAAACACUUAAGUGCACAUUUUAGUCAGCAUGGACAUGCAACAGCAAAGUCAUGCAUGGAUAUAUACACCCGCAAUAUAUUGUCUUUUUAUCUGAGUAGCUGCAAGAGUGCUGACUUUUCUGCAGAACUGCUGUGCUAUUUAUUCAGUUAAGGUUAAAGCCAAUGCAAGUUUCUUUUCUUAGUGUUGCACUCGAGUCCAGAGAUCCACACACGCUUUAAUUGUUGAGGACUACUGCUGGUGAGGAAACUGGCAGCAGUGAGAUGCCUGGUCAGGUAAAUGCAACCGAGGAUCUCAUAACUGUUGCAUGAGGAAACAGCCUCCAGAAGUUAACACAAGGAUACACACACACAUAGCAGUUUUUGGAUAGCAGUUUUAUUUUGGUGCCCUGACCGAGACUGUCCACUGGAGCGAUUCAGACCUGCUACACGGGAUUUCUGCGCCGACUAUGGCGGACAGGACUGAGUGCAGCACGGAGGAAGGAUCCCGGGACGAUUUUUGUGUCGCAUCAGAGGCUACAUGAGGUUGUCAGAGGGCCGCACGCUUGCCUUUUCCGCCGACUCCACCUUCCCACCUCCUCCUGUUCAAAUCUGCGAAGAAACAAAAUCUCCGACAGGGGAGGGGGACUGAUAUCUGCAGAGAGGGAGAACUGUGAGGGAAAGAGUUCAACAUUGCUCUCUUCUCCCCUACCGUCCCCCCGAGCGGUGGGGGAACGAUCGCAAGCAUUUCUUAAAGGGGUAAGGAGACGCAAAUAAAGGAAAUAGGUUUGCCCUCCGUGGAUCUACAGCAAAAUUGUUUAAUUCGUCAAAAAUAUGGCCGAUAAUGUCCUGGAGUCCGGCCCGCCUUCAGCCAAGAGGCCCAAGCUGUCCUCUCCAGCUCUCUCGGUGUCUGCCAGUGAUGGAAACGAUUUCGGUUCACUCUUUGACCUGGAGCACGACCUCCCAGAUGAGCUCAUUAGUUCCUCAGACCUGGGGCUAACCAACGGAGGGGAUGUCAACCAACUCCAUACCAGUCUUAGCGGACUCGGAGGAGGGCUCGGUUUGGGAGGCCAGGAUGCAGCUGCGAAACACAAACAGCUGUCUGAGCUCCUGCGUGCUGGAGCGCCAGCACAGCAGGGUGGCCCCACUUCCAACAGCACAGCGCCCGGGGCUUCCAUGGGGAUGAUGGGGGGUGUCAGUGUCUCCUCUGGUGGACCUCAAGGCAUGCCCCCCCAGGGCCAGCAGCAGCAGCCUGGAUUAAUGCAGCAGGUUGGGAUGGUUGGAGGGGUGGCAGCACUCAAUCGGGCAGCUGCCAUGAUGGGUGCCCAGAAGGGCAACACAGGACAGCAGCAAGGCCUGAUUGGGGGGCAGGUGAUGAAUGGCUCACCAAGAAUGGGUUACCCUGGCAGUGCAGGCAUGGGUAACAAUGGUAAUCUGUUAGCAGAAACCCUGCAGCAGCAGGGCGGUCAGCAAAUGGGACCCGGGGGUCAGGCAGGGAUGAGGCCACAGCAACCCGGAGCACUGAACAAGAUGAAUAUGAUGGCCAACGCGGGCCCCUAUGGCGGUCCGUACGGCCAGUCUGGCCAGGGGCUGCCUGGAGCAGGGCUGGGCCCACAGCUCCAGAAUAAGGCGGGCCUGCCCAACAAUAUGGCCUCCCAGUUUAACAUGGACAAGAAGGCACCACCGGGUCAAGGCAUGCCUGGGAUGGCCUCUCAGCAGCAGCAGCCCGGAGCAGUUGGUGGCGUAUCCGUUAGCGGAGCAGCAGCAGUAGGAGGGGCCCAGGUUGGGCUCAGUGCUGUAGGGGCGGGUCCCGGCGCAGCGCCCCCUACCGCAGACCCAGAGAAACGGAAGCUGAUUCAACAGCAGCUGGUCCUCUUGCUCCACGCGCACAAGUGCCAGCGCAGGGAGCAGGCCAACGGGGAGGUGCGGCAGUGCAACCUGCCUCACUGCCGCACCAUGAAGAACGUGCUCAACCACAUGACUCAUUGCCAGGCUGGCAAGUCCUGCCAGGUGGCACACUGUGCCUCAUCCAGACAGAUCAUCUCUCAUUGGAAGAAUUGCACACGACAUGACUGUCCUGUGUGCCUGCCACUGAAAAACGCUGGAGACAAGAGGAAUCAACAGUCUCUUGUUAACAGUGCAGGGGUUGGUUUGGUGAACUCCUUAGGUUCAGGGGUGCCUGGUGGACAGUCCAACACUCCAAACCUGAACCCUCCCAACCAGAUCGACCCCAGCUCCAUAGAGAGGGCCUACGCUGCGCUAGGCCUCACUUACCAGGGCAACCAGAUGCCACAGCAGCCACCGCAGGCUAACAUGCCAAACCAGGGGUUGCCGGGGCAGCCUGGGAUGAGGACUCUAAACACCAUGGGUGGAAACUCCAUGGGAGUGAACGGUGGUGUGGGGGUACAAUCCCCCAACCAGCAGUCCAGCCUACUGCCAAAUGCCCUCUUGCACGGCAGCUUGAAUGCACAGAGUUUGAUGAAUGAUGGUGUGGGGAACCUGGGCUCCAUGCCCACAGCGACUCCUCCUUCUGCCGCAGGCAUGAGGAAGUCUUGGCAUGAAGACAUCACGCAGGACCUCCGCAACCACCUUGUCCAUAAGCUUUUGUGCAUGUGUGAGAGCAGCGUGCAGGCAAUCUUCCCCACUCCUGAUCCAGCAGCCCUGAAGGAUCGGCGGAUGGAGAAUCUGGUGGCUUACGCCCGAAAAGUAGAGGGUGACAUGUACGAGUCAGCCAACAGUAGGGCGGAGUACUACCACCUGCUGGCAGAGAAGAUCUACAAGAUCCAAAAGGAGCUGGAGGAAAAGAGGCGGACACGGCUCCAGAAGCAGGGCAUGAUGCCUGGCCAACCUGGCAUAGCCUCCCCAGGCCUCCCACAGGUGCCUCCUAGCAUGGGACAGCCACCUAUGGCUCCUGGGCAACCCCCAAAUGGUCCUCACGCCGAUCCGUCCAUGGUUCGACCAGCUGGACCCAAUCAGAUGGUCAACAGGAUGCAGAACCCAGCAGGAAUGAACCAGUUUGGUCAGAUGGGGAUGCAGCAGAUGGGUCAGAGGUCUCCUCUUCCUCUUAAUGCUCCGAUGAACCAGAUGGGUAUGGGAGCAACAAGGAUGGGCCAACCCAAUGCCACACAGUUACAGAACCAGUACCUCCCUCCAGGCCAGUUUCCCGGGUCCAGUCCUGGACUUGGCUCUGGUCCUAUUGGCAUGAACCAGCCAGGAGCACAGACCGCCGUGCCACCGCCAAAUCAGAUGUCAACACCGCCUUCCCUCCCAGCCAGCAGCCCUGCAGCACCGCCUGCCUCUUCAGCUCCAGGCUCCACAGCCCCUGUAGGCUCCAUGGGGCCUGGUAGUGCCAGUGCUGCUGGGCCUCUACCCAACCUGCCUCCAUCCUCGACGCCCACCCAGCCAAACUCCUACCCUCACUGCCCACCCAUCCGAACAAACUCCCCCUCACCUGCACGCAGCUUAACGCCUCAACCGCAUCAAACACCCCCAACGUUACCUCGUUCUCAGACCCCACAGCCACAGACUCCCAGCACGCCACAGCUGCCCCCUCCACAGCACCCGCAGCAGCAACAACAACAACAAGCUUCACAGCAACAACAGCAGCAGCAGCAGCAGCCAUCGGGGCAGGCGGUGAACUCUGAAAAGGCCAAUCAGCUUCCACAGCAGACACUUGGGGGUGCGGCUCCCUCAGGCCCCCAAACAGGUCAAGCUUCUUCUGUGCCUACCCAGAAUGCUCAUGUGCCAUUGCAGCGACCGCAGACCCCACUGUCUCCGAAGCCUUCUCUGACAGCAGACGGUCAGGUGUCCUCUCCAGGCUCAGUCAGCAGCAGUGCUGACCCCAGUUCCCAGGUCACCCUGGCGGACGGCCCCGCUCCCAGCCAGGAAGAUGUCAAAAUGGAGGUGAAGAAGCAGGAGGAGGAGGAGGACGACGAAGGGGCCGACGACCAAGGAGAGGGCAAGGGGAAGAUGGGGAAGGGCCAUAAUGACGUGAAGACAGAGGAGAAACCAGAGGUAAAGAAAGAGAAGCUGUCAGGAGAUGGGUGUAAAGGCGAGCCCAUGGAUACGUCUUCGUUCUCAACAUCGUCGUCAGCGCCAGCAGGUGAAGACAAGAAGCCGGAGGUGAAGAAGGAGCCCAAAGAGGAAGAGGAGGGGUCAGGGUCAACAGCCAACAGCAGCUCUCCAGCCAGCACUCAGAGCAAGAAGAAAAUCUUUAAGCCGGAGGAGCUGCGCCAGGCUCUGAUGCCCACACUGGAAGCUUUGUACCGGCAGGACCCUGAGUCCCUUCCCUUCCGUCAGCCGGUGGACCCCCAGUUACUGGGAAUACCCGUACGUAUUCGAACUAGUAACAAAACUAACCUGGACUACUUUGACAUCGUGAAGAACCCCAUGGAUCUGUCGACCAUCAAGCGGAAGCUGGACACGGGACAGUACCAAGAGCCUUGGCAGUACGUCGAGGAUAUCUGGCUGAUGUUCAACAACGCCUGGCUGUACAACCGCAAGACGUCCCGCGUGUACAAGUACUGCUCCAAGCUGGCUGAGGUGUUUGAGGCAGAGAUCGAUCCUGUCAUGCAGGGCCUGGGAUACUGUUGUGGGAGGAAGUACGAGUUUUCCCCCCAAACUCUAUGCUGCUAUGGAAAACAAUUAUGCACCAUCCAACGUGACGCUGCUUAUUUUAGCUACCAGAACAGUUCACCAAAAUAUGGGCUUCUUGCUGACAGGUACCACUUCUGCGAGAAGUGUUUCAACGAAAUCCAGGGCGAGAGCGUUUCCUUGGGGGACGACCCCUCCCAGCCUCAGACGUCCAUCAACAAAGACCAGUUCCAACGAAAGAAGAACGACACACUCGACCCUGAGUUACUUGUGGAAUGUAUUGACUGCGGUCGUAAAAUGCACCAGAUCUGCGUCCUGCAUAAUGAUACCAUAUGGCCAUCGGGCUUUGUGUGUGACAACUGCCUCAAGAAGGCCAACAAGACGCGAAAAGAGAACAAAUACGCAGCCAAAAGACUUCCUCAGACCAAGUUGGGGAGCUAUUUGGAGACGCGAGUCAACGACUUCAUCAAGCGGCAGAACCUCCCUGAUUCUGGUGAUGUCACCAUCCGUGUGGUCCAUGUGUCAGACAAGGUGGUCGAGGUCAAGCCGGGCAUGAAGUCCAGGUUCGUUGACAAUGGAGAGAUGUCUGAGUCCUUCCCAUACAGGAUGAAAGCCUUGUUUGCAUUUGAGGACAUCGACGGAGCAGAUGUGUGUUUUUUCGGCAUGCACGUUCAAGAGUACGGUUCGGACUGCCCGCCUCCCAACCAGAGACGGGUGUACAUCUCUUACCUGGACAGCGUGCACUUCUUCCAACCUCGAGUCCUCAGAACUGCCGUCUACCACGAGAUCCUGAUCGGCUACCUGGAGUACGUCAGGAGGCAGGGGUAUACAACGGGUCAUAUCUGGGCCUGUCCACCCAGUGAAGGGGAUGAUUACAUCUUCCAUUGUCACCCAGCGGACCAGAAGAUCCCCAAGCCAAAACGGCUGCAGGAGUGGUACAAAAAGAUGCUGGACAAGGCUGUUGCCGAGCGCAUCGUCCAUGAUUACAAGGACAUCUUCAAGCAGGCAACAGAGGACCGGCUGACCAGUGCCAAGGAGCUGCCGUACUUUGAGGGCGACUUCUGGCCCAACGUGCUGGAGGAGAGUAUCAAGGAGCUGGAGCAGGAGGAGGAGGAGAGGAAGAGGGAGGAGAACAGCACCUCCAAUGAGAGCACAGAUGUCACAAAAGGAGACAGCAAGAACGCCAAAAAGAAGAACAAUAAAAAGACAAGCAAGAACAAAAGCAGCAUGAGCCGAGCCAAUAAGAAGAAACCAGGGAUGCCCAACGUUUCCAACGACCUUUCCCAGAAACUCUACGCCACCAUGGAGAAACACAAGGAGGUCUUCUUCGUCAUCCGCCUUAUUGCUGGUCCCACUGCCAACUCGCUGCCCCCCAUCACUGACCCUGACCCCCUCAUGGCCUGUGACCUGAUGGAUGGCCGCGACGCCUUCCUGACUCUAGCCCGGGACAAGCACCUGGAGUUCAGCUCUCUCAGGAGGUCCAAGUGGAGCUCCAUGUGUAUGUUGGUGGAGCUGCACAACCAGAGCCAGGACCGUUUCGUCUACACCUGCAAUGAGUGUAAACACCACGUGGAGACACGGUUCCACUGCACCGUCUGCGAGGACUAUGACUUGUGCAUCACCUGCUACAACACUAAAGGUCAUGAGCACAAGAUGGAUAAGCUGGGGCUUGGACUGGACGACGACAGCAACAACCAGGCGGCAGCAGCUACCCAGAGCCCUGGAGACUCUCGCCGCCUCAGCAUCCAGCGCUGCAUCCAAUCGCUGGUCCACGCAUGCCAGUGCCGCAACGCCAACUGCUCCCUGCCGUCCUGCCAGAAGAUGAAGCGCGUUGUUCAGCACACAAAAGGCUGCAAGCGCAAAACAAAUGGCGGCUGUCCGAUCUGCAAGCAGCUCAUUGCUCUGUGCUGUUACCAUGCCAAACACUGUCAGGAGAACAAAUGUCCCGUCCCGUUCUGUCUGAACAUCAAGCAAAAGCUCCGGCAGCAGCAGCUGCAGCACAGGCUCCAGCAGGCGCAGAUGUUGAGGAGGAGGAUGGCCAGCAUGCAGAGGGUGGGGCAGGCAGCCGGAGGGCCACCAGGAGGACCUGUCGUAGGACUUCCGUCACCAGGGAACAAUGGUACAACAGCACCCAGCACCCCAACCUCUGGUGGAACCCAGCCUCCAACACCCCAGACACCGACUCAGACAAUGCCUCCAGUCACGCAGCAGGGAAUGGGCCCUGGACCUGGAGUACAGCAGCAACAGCCACCAGGCGGGAUGCCCCCACAAAGUGGCAUGCCUCCUCAACAUCCGCUACACCAUCAGUUCCAGCAGAUGCCAGGUGGAGGAGGCGGGACUGGGGGGAUAAUGAGCUCUCCCCAACAUCAGCAGCAGAUGCUUCCUCAGGUCCAGCAGCAGCAGCAAAGUGGAGCAGGGACCAACCCUCAACAGCUCCAACAGCAUCCCAACAAUUUGCCCCCAUAUGCCAGCAGACCCCCGGGCUCCUCCCCACUCCAUCAGUCCCAGGGCAAACCUGUCCUUGGCUCCGCAACACCUCCGCAGCAGCAGCAGCAGCAGCCUGGUGGCGCUGUCAUACCUGGAAAUGUUGGGGGCCAACAACCACCCAGCCAACCCCAGGGCCAGCCUUCCCUUCAACAGCAGCAACAGCAGCCUCCGUCUGGCCCUCCACCGGCAGCAGUAGAAAUUGCCAUGAAGAUCCAACAGGUAGCCGACGCUCAGAGGAAGUUGGCUCUGAGACAAGCAGCCCAGGCAGCUGCGGGCUUGAUGCCUCCUCACCCUCACCAUCAGCAGGGUCAGGGUCAGCAGAUGAGCAUGGGGCACCCAGGGGGAGUAGGGAUGGUUGGCACCCAGGGUAUGCCACCACAGACCCAAGCAGCAGUGGCAGCUGCUCGGGCACACAUGGAUCAACAACAAGGUGCUCCGCCAGGGAUGAUGGUUGGUGCUGGUGGGCCCAUGCAGCAAUCCCCUCAGCAGGGUAACCUGCCGCAGGGCCAGCUGCCCCCUCAGGUACAGCUUCAGCAGCAGAGGAUGGGUGCUCCACUUCAAAACCCUCAACAGCAGCAACAGCAGUGGGCGGGCCAGGGCAUGCCGCCUCAGCAGAGACAAGCUAUGAUGAACCAAUUGGGCCAUCCAGCCAUGAUGGCAGCUCAACAGCAGCAGCAGCAACAGCAGCACCAACAAGCUCAGGGCCAUGCUGCCUUGAUGAAUAUGGCACAGCAGCAGCAGCAAGGUGCUGGUGGAGGCAUCCCAGGGGGAGCUGUCCCUGGAGCUGCUGGUAUCCCAGGAGCUGGUAUUGCUGGUGGGAACAUCCCCCAGGCAGCCCUUCAGGAGCUGUUACGGACUCUCCGCUCGCCGAGCUCACCACUCCAGCAACAGCAGGUCCUCAACAUCUUGCGGUCAAACCCACAGCUCAUGGCUGCUUUUAUCAAGCAGAGGGCCUCAAAAUACAAGGGGGGUCAGGGGGGCCCCGGGGGACCAGGUGGUGUCCCUGGAGGUCCUGGUCCCACAGGGGGUCCUGUUGGGAAUGUCAUGGCAGGAGGGGUCCCGCAGGUGAACAUGAAUGCUGCAGGUGGCGGCCAGCCGGGGAUGCACAUGGGGGGUCAGGGAGGGACAAAUGUCAACAUGGCCACCAUGGCCCAACUACAGCAAGUACAGCAGCAACAACAGCUGCAGCAACAACAGUUACAGCAGCAGCCGAGGCCGAUGCUCAGCAGUUUACAACAACAGCAAGUGGCAGCUCUCCAGCAGCAGCAGCAACAACAGCAGCAGCAGCAAGGGGGAGGCAGAGGUAUGCAGGGCCAGGGGCCCCAGAUGGGGAAUCUCAACAGUCCCCAGUUCAGAGAGCUGCUCAUGAGACGACAUCUCCAGCAGCAGCAGCAGCAACAACAGCAGCAACAGCAGAUGGGGGUGAAUCAUGGUCAGUUCCAGCAGCCACAGCCUCCACAGGGGCAGGGCUACAUGGGACAGCCUGGGAUGCAGCCUCCUGCAGUGGGACAGGGACCACCUGGAGGUCCGCCUCUUGGCCCUCAGCAGCCUGGUGGACCCCCAGGCCAGCAAGGGCAGGGUUACCCAGGGUCAGUGGCCCAGCAGCAGGCCACAGCUGCACUCCAGCAGAGGCUCCAGCACCAGCACCACCUCCAGAUGCAGCAGCAGAAUGCCAUGGCUGGCCUGCCAGGGGGCGACACAGGGCCAGGUGGAGGAGGUCCUCAGCAGCCACCUCAGGGCCCUCAGCCCAAUCAAAGUGGCCCCCCACCUUCAUCGUCUCAGGCUCUGCUCCAACAGGCCAUCCAUCAGAGGAUGCUUCAGCAGCAGCAACAUCUGGGCCCCGGGGGGUCACCGGCCCAACACAGCAAUCCCAUGAGCCCUCAGCAGCCGCAACAGAUGGCCCAGUCCCCCCAUCCACACCAACACCUGCAGGGCCAGGCGCUGUCCACAUCGCUAGCCAACCAGGUGCGAUCCCCACAGCCUUCGCCCAGACCUCAGUCCCAGCCGCCACACUCCAGCCCAUCUCCGCGCAUGCAGCCUCAGCCCUCCCCACAUCACAUCUCCCCCCAGAUGCAGACAGGUUCGCCACACCCAGGCCACCUGAACCAGCACCACCCGGGCAUGGUGGUCCCUCAACAACAGCCAACGGCCCAGCAGCAGCAACAGAACUCUAUGGAGCAGUUUGGGUCGGACCAGAGCGCCAUGCUCUCACAGCUGAGCGGCAUGGCUGGUCUACACGGGCCGGGGGGCAACGGUCAGGACCCGCUGGGCCAGAACAUGAAUCACAACCCUUUAGACAUCAUGUAGGAAUUCUACUAAACGUGUCAAGCUGAGCUGAGACGCUCUGUGAUUCUUCGCACAAACUGCACUCACCCAGGACAGUGUUAUUGUUAUUACUUAGCCUUUCUUUUUUAUACUAUUAUUAAAUGUUAUUUAAAAUGUUUUCAAUAAAGAUGCAUUGAACUGAACUUCCUAUGGGAGAUGAACAAUAAAUCAAGCAGUCGUUAAAUAAAUUAGAAUAAAUGAAUUGUAAGUUAUUGCUGUUAAUAUAUUUUUUUGCCAAUUGUGGACAAAGAGGGGGGGUGGUUUCUCUCGCGCCGCCCCCCUCACCUCCACCUCUUGCUGAAUACAAGAAAGGUGAUAUUUUCGGGGUUUUGGGAGGGGGGGUGGGGGUGGUAUAUAGGAGUACUUGCCUUUUUUAAGAAAUGUUUUUAAGAUUUUAAAGUGGUCGAGAAUUAAAGAGGAAAUGAUUUAAUGCAAAGAACUUUUUUAUCGGUUUCCCCAUCAUUCAGUCUGUUUCUGUUCUGCAGAGCGAUGUGGAUUAUUAUUAAUGUAAAUCCAAACAUGAUGCAUAUCUUCUUCUUUUUUUUAAAUGUUUGGGUUUGCUUUAUUUAUUGUUUUCUUUUCAAGGGGGGCGGGGUGGGGGUGUUAUGUACCCUGAGACUGCUACAAUUCGUAUAGAAAUAUAUUUUUGUUAUUGACUGUUAUGACGGGGGGUUAGUGGAGAUUUCAUCUCACUUUCUUUAGUUGGGUCUGUCCAGGUGGGAAUAAUUACAUGUCAGUGUUUUAUUGCAGUGGUUGAGGGUCUGCUGUGAGUUUGACAUGUUGAACGGACAUAUUGUGACGUCCCGGCCAGCUUCUGUAUUGGACAUCGGUCAUGCUGGAAGGGACUCUUCCCUCGCAAACAUGCAAGCCCUCUCCCUCGAAUGUGUGUGCACUCCUUCCUUUAAAGACACUUAAUAUGGAGCAGUGGAGGCUUGGGGAGGGGGGGUGCAUACCUGUGUGCCUGAAACAUUUUGAGUACAUGGGCUGGGAUGUGAAAAACAAAUGGGUGGGGUGGGCUCCUUUUAGUGUUUUUAGGAUUCCGCUGUUUGGAGUUAAACAGAGGAUUUUGAUCCAAAUGAACUGUGUUGCACAGAAAUGAGGUGAAAGGAGGAGAUAGGAGCAGUCGCUCUCCGUCUCUUUCUGCCUCGUCCCCUUUGCUGCUCCCCUCGGACUUUAAAUUCCCUCCCCCUCCUCCUCUUCCUCUUCCUCAGGGGGAAGUUGCUCCCCCUCCCCUCAAACGCCAUCCUCUUUAUCUUUCUGCUAAGAACUUUGGGAGUUUAAUUUAAUAUUUUUUACUGUACAAAGGAAACACAAACUGUGGACUCAAAUACUGUUUUUUAUAAUAAAAUGAAAAUUACCAAC